CGGAAUUAAUGUCAGACGAGCCAACAACAACAAAGCAAUCGGACGUAAUCGGAGUGAUUUUUUAAUUUUUUUUGUUUUCGUCGAUUUUCUCCAGUUGGUUGGCCGUUAUGUGAACAUUAAUAUAUAUCCGGAAAUCCGACUCGUUUAUUUGAAAUAUUAACUACCCGUGCGCGUCCAGGUACAUCCGACGCCUUGUCAAAACAUUUAAGAGCUGAAUUGUCCGGGGAGUCGUUCGCAAAAUGUCGAAUGUCGCCAAUACGUUCAAACAUGAUUACAUAGGUGGUGGAAAAUACCGUGUCGUCCGGAGGCUUGGCAGUGGUUCGUUCGGCGAGAUCUUUCUCGGUCUGAAUGUUAUUAAUGGAGAGGAAGUGGCAAUAAAAUUUGAAAGUGCCAAGGCUCGCCACCCCCAGCUUCAAUAUGAAAGCAGGUUGUAUAAAGUAUUACAAGGAGGAGUUGGAAUACCUCACAUGCGAUGGUUUGGAUUAGAAAGAAAUUACAACAUUUUGGUCAUGGAUUUGUUAGGUCCAUCAUUAGAAGACCUUUUCAAUUUUUGUUCGCGGCGAUUUACACUGAAGACGGUGCUUAUGCUCGCUGACCAAAUGAUUAGUCGUAUUGAAUAUGUGCACUGUAAAAGUUUUAUACACCGUGAUAUAAAACCGGAUAACUUUCUAAUGGGAAUUGGUCGCCAUUGCAAUAAAUUGUUUCUGAUUGAUUUUGGAUUGGCUAAAAAAUACCGUGACAUGCGUACCAGAACGCAUAUUUCAUACCGAGAAGACAAAAAUCUAACAGGAACAGCUCGUUAUGCAUCUAUCAAUGCUCAUUUAGGAAUUGAACAAAGCCGUCGAGACGAUAUUGAAUCCUUGGGAUAUGUACUUAUGUAUUUUAAUAAAGGAUGUUUACCAUGGCAAGGAUUAAAAGCAGCAACAAAAAGGCAGAAGUAUGAAAAAAUUAGUGAGAAAAAAAUGUCAACACCUGUUGAAUUCUUAUGCAAGGGACUGCCUGCUGAAUUUGCCAUGUUCCUAAACUACAGCCGAGGUUUAAGAUUUGAAGAGUCACCGGAUUACAUGUACUUGAGACAGUUGUUCCGUAUUUUGUUUAGAACACUGAAUCAUCAGUAUGAUUACAUAUUUGACUGGACUAUGCUUAAACAAAAGGAGUACAACAAUGAUGGGCAAAGUGCUGCCGUACCUCAAGGGGGCUCACCUGUGUCUGGGGCUGCUGCGGCUGGUGGACCACAAACAUUUCCCCCCCAGACCCCAGCCACCUUAGCCUCUGCGAACCAGGCGAGCAAGAACUGAGCCUUCGUGUACUUUAAUUUUAGCUUUGAAUUUAUAAAUUGAAAUAAACAUUUUGCAAUUCAGCAAAUAAUUAAAGUGAUGUUAUUUUUAAAAUUCUAAUCUUUUAUUUUCAAUUUUCAUAAUUGUGCACUAUUAUAAAAAAACUCACUUAAGGUGUAUAAUUUUUUUUUUUUAAUUUUAGCGUAUUACAUCAUAA